AAUAAUAUAUUUUGUGUGAAACGAUUGACAGGACGUGAAGGCUGGGUCGACUGUUUCCUCAAUAAUUUUUCUCAAAGCAACCAGCUUGUAUUUUAAUCGAAAACGGUGUCUUUGUUGAUCUGGUGACACUGUAAUCGUCGUAACGUACUUUUUUUAAGUUUCCGAAAAACUCGCAAACUCUUAACUUAUUCGAAUGCUGAAUGCCGAUUUGGGGAAUUGGGGAUGACGAUUUGUUCAGUUUAACCAUUAUACCAUUAUCGGAUUAAACUAUAAUAUUGUUACAUUAUAGCCAGUUCAACCUUAGAUCUAACUCUAUUCAGAUUUUAGUUACGGUGAUCUGUCUUCCGUCGUUUUGAUCCACUCCUGUGCGUUGCGUUCAAUAUAUUUAAAUAAUCGAAAAAUGGACGAAAUUAGUUCGUUUGUGCCCAUGACGCCGCCCAAUAAUUUUGUCAAAGAACUGCGGGGAGUAUUGGAUCAACAGAACAUAUUUUCGGCCAAGACGAAACAAAAGGUACUACGGGACUUGGACCAACAUAUUUGUGAUGAUACUGAGAAACGCAUAGCAAAAUUGAGGAUUCGAUCCAUUCAAGAGAUAUGUGUCUCUGAAACAAAUUAUAUUCACCAGUUAGACAAAUUGAUCACAUAUUUCAAACGCCCAAUUGAAGAACAGAAACUUGCUUCAAGUCAAGUCAUUGGUAAAUUGUUUGGCAAUGUUGAGACAAUACUGAACGUGAAUAAAGAACUGUUGGUUCAAUUACACCCGGCCAAAGAGAAUAUUGGUAAAGUUUUCUUAAACACUGCUCCAUUUCUUAAACUUUAUUCAGUUUAUGCAUUCAAUUACAAGAAUGUAUUGGAUACACUUCAAGAUUUACCAAAAUCUCAUCCAAAACUUUAUCGAUUUGUAUGCACACAAGAAUCAAGGCCAGAUGUAUCUGCUAAAUUGAAUUCACUCUUGAUAACCCCCAUUCAAAGAAUACCUCGUUAUCUGUUGCUUUUACGUGAACUCCAGAAUUAUACUCCUACUGAACAUCAAGGUUAUAAUGAUAUUAAAGCUGCCGUGGAACAAAUAAGUAAAGUUGCAGACCAUAUCAAUAAUUUAGUUCAAGAACAAGAAAACAUGUCCAGAUUAGUUAGUAUUCAACGUAGUCUUUCUGGUUGUGGCAAAGUGAACAUUGUACUACCAGGACGUAAAUUAAUUAAAGAAGGGCCACUUAUGAAAGUGUCACCCGAGGGUAGUACGUCUAUUCCCCGUUACUUGAUAUUGCUUAGUGACAUGAUACUAUAUUGUAAAGAGUGGGUUGAUCCGGAAAAGUUGGUUUGUCUCAGAGUAUUGCCACUCAAUAAGUGUGAAGCUAAAUCUGUCAUGUACAAAAGAGGACUGUUUUCAAUAAAUUGUCAGUCUGUGGAAUUUGUAUUUUACACAAUGGAUGCACCUCAUGCCACAUGUUCUUGGGUAGAAAUGCUCCAGCAAUCUAUUGACAAGUGCAAAGCCAACUCUUUGAUGCCAGUAAAGAGAUGUGGUCCUUUGAAAUUAGUCAAAAGAAAAAAAGAAAAUAAUUCAAAUAGAAACGAUGAAAAUUGUUAUUCAAGUCCGACUAAAAAAAUGAAAUCGGAUUCAACAAUUGUUAGGUCCAAUCAAAAUAUGUCAUAUAUGGCUUCAGCAAGAAAUCUUGUAUUCAGUUUUGGAUCAACAUUAAAAAAAUUAGUGGGAAGAAAUUCAGUAUAAAAAAUCAAAAUCCACUCCAUCAAUUUCAGAUCUCAGUUAUGUUGUCCAUUUUUGUUUAGAUUGAGUUUGUAACCAUUAACGAAUUAUGUUUGAACAAUAUCUUUUGUGGUAGUGCUACCUAAUGCAGUAACAUAUAUUACUUAAUAGUUAAAUUUGUAAUACCAUGAUUAUUUUUUAAUUUGAAUAUUUUUCACAUUUAUAUAAGUUUGUAUUGUAAGUAGGU